UCGGGCGGGGCUUUGUCCCCGCCGUGCGGGCCGGCGGCGCGGCCCAGCUCCCAGCCCAGGGCUCUCCCUCUCCUCGGAGACGGCGAGCCCCGGGGGAAGGCCCGGUCUCCGGUUGUUGUAGGGGCGAGGAAAGGCGGGUGUGGAGCCUCGGUCCUGCUCUUGCGAGUUUGCCAUAGCGCGCUGGCUCCGGGACCACAACCCGCCUUACCGUGUUCUGGCUGGGACACGCUUUUUUUCCCUCUGGUGUUUCGCUGGCGCCCAGAGCAACCAGCCUAGGAGGCACAGUCUCUUGUGCGGUUCGCUCGUGUGCAGGUGGCCUCUGUGUGGCUGGCACGACGGCGAAGUCCAGUACUUGUCAGUGACGUUUUUGCAUCUCUGCGUAAUGUGGUUUUCCCCCCAGCUGCCCGCCCUAAGCAACAGGAGAGUCUAGAUUCAAUUCGAAGAAAUUGAAAGUCUAGUUGUUGGGCGUUUCAAAGACAACGUUUACGGUGUUAACGUACUUGGUAACUUGCACGGGGUAGUUUUUUUUGUUUGGUUGUUUUUUUUUUUUACAUUGAUUCUUUGAAUACCAUAUGCGGUUUUGAGAAUUCUUCUUUGAGCCACUUGCUUAAAGUUGUAUGUUAUCAUAUCUUGAAACUUUGUUAUACUCGAUUUUACUCUUGAUAGUCAGCACUCUGUAACUUCUGUAACUAAUUCCUACAGACAAAAGCUAUGUACCUCAUUUUACUGUGUUCACCUUCCCAAGAUUUUCUACCAACUUGACUUAUUUUUUUUAUUUUUAUGAUCUCUUAAGUUGUUUUGUAGUGACAGUACUUACCAGUUUUUACAUCCAGACGUCUGGUGUAAAAAGAAAGGAUUGUUGAUACUUUUGGGAAACAGCCUAUAUGAUUAGGCAAAAUCCUGUGCAAGUGUCUUCUUGAGUAUUUGCAUUGCAGAUUAAAGCUUCAGUUUUUUGUCAGACUCUUUUGAGAUUUGUCUUACUAUCUAGUUAAAUUUGCAAAACCAUAGAAUGGAUCAUAUUGUAACAUAAUGCAGGAAGAAUAGCUGUCUCAAUUUCCAAAUAAUUGGUUAAAUUCUUCCAAGUUUUCAACAAUAAGUGUUGUGUACUUUUGUUUAGCCAGCUCUGCAUUCCUAAUAAUCUUUCAGAUAUCUUUGACUUUGGUAGUUUGUCACAUUGAAGAUUACUGCUUGGUCCUAUUUAAAAUGAAUGAAGAUGAUGGUUGAUUUUAAUUGGUAUUGAGCUGUAGUUCUGUGCUGUAUUGUAAUGCUUUGGAAAAAGGAGUGUCUAGAAAGGGGGGCAAAAACCUUUGAAUUUCAGUGGUAAUUCUAUUGUAUUUGUAAUUUUGUAAUUUUUGUGUACAUAUUUUUUUUGAACAGACAUACUUUCUUUUAUUUAAUAAUCUAAAAGAAGAAUAGCAUUUAGAAUAAUGGCAACAGGAGACCUAAAUGGAAGUUUAAGAAAGAUAGAACAAGGACUUCGCUUGUUAAAUUAUCCAAGAGAUGUGGAUUAUACAGUGUUAGUGAAGGGUGAUCCAGCUGCAUUUUUACCUAUCAUCAGCUAUUGUUUUACAUCUUUUUCAACUUGCAUAGCAGAGCUUCUGGUAAAGUGUGAUGUGGAACUGACAGCAAAGAGUGACUUGCGUUUUAUCGAAGCUGUUUAUAAGUUUCUUCGAGAUCAAUUUCAGUAUAAACCAAUUUUAACAAAAGAGCAGUUUCUUCAGUGUGGCUUUGCGGAAAGAAAAAUGCAAAUUGUUUGUGACAUUGUUAACUGUGUGGUGAAGAAACAUAAGGAGUUGAGUAACUCUAGUAAGGUUAAAUCCCAAACGAGGAAGAAAAUCAGACCUUUUAAAUCUGAAGUAUGGUCAAACUGUGGUAAAGGUCUUGCUGAUCCUAGUGGCAGUGCUCUGAAUUCCAGACAGAAGCCUCUAGUCGAACGGCACUCAGGAAAAGAAGUUAGUGGUGACCUUCAUCCACUACCCCUUCCAGCACAGGGAGGGAAUGAGGAAGAAUUGUGCCUAGAUCAUGAUAUUGUGGAAGUUAAAUGUGAACAAGUCAUAGAAGAUAAUUUAGAAAUUGAGUUUUUAAAGAAUCAGCUUGCGGAUUUCCAGGCAAAGCUUCAUAAGCUAGAUUGGAUGGAAGAUAAGCUACGAGUUUUAGAAGAGAAACUGCAAGGAAAGGUGAUCAUAGAUGAGAAGGACUGGAAUAACCUAUUGAAUCGAGUUUUGCUUCUUGAAACAGAACUGUUGUUACAAUCCAAAAAGAGAGACUUACCUAAAGAGUUCAGCAAUAUAAAUCAAGAAAGUACUUCUAGAAGCAUUCCAGUUUCUCUUGAUACAGAGAGGAAUGAGGAGAUGCCGGAGAGUCAUCUUCAGUCGUCUGGAUGCAGUUCACUAUUAUCCACAGACCAAUCUCCCAAAGACAUGACCAUUAAUUCUUGUGAUCUGACAGACAUUUCAAAGGAGACAAUAAGGCAAAGAAUGGAAAAGAUAAGUAAAAUAAUUGAAGAAACCUUCAAAUUGCUCAAAACACCAAGUCCACAUCUGGGAAUACCUGAAAGCACAGGUCUUCAGACCUGGUCUCUGCAGACUUAUGGAUACCAGAAGUAAUAUGUAUAUUUGUACAGCAUUAAAUUUUUAAUAUAUCAAAUUUAUAAUGAUCACCAGUGCUUUUAUUUCGUUGAAUAAGUAUUUUACUCAUGCAUCUGUGUAUGGAUUUCCCUCCCCACGACCACAAUUUUAGGUUUUAAAGACUGUACACAUAGCUUCUUCCCCCCUCCUUGCUCUUUUUGUAAAUUUAAGUCAUUACAGGAGUGUAUUCUUGUGUUGACAUUUGUUAGCAGUGUGCUAAGUAAUAUGUUUUUUAAAGUGCGGGCUUGAGGACCAUGGUUUACAUCCUGUUGGAAACAUUCCAGCUGUAACUUUCAUAUUACACCCAAGAGGCAUUCUUACAUACCAUCUUACCAUCUGUACUGUUGAAUAAGUCUUAAUAAAAAACUUACAUACACAGUUUCAAAUA